AAAAACAAAUUCAAAGUUCAAACCGGCGCAUCCACCAUUGUGACAAAAACAAAAGUAGUUUGCGUGCAUGUUUUUUAAUGGGAAAUUCCCAUGUUCUGCUUGUUCUACAUGACAAAAUAAACCAAUAAAUCUGUCCGAUGUAAUUGGCUAAUUAGUACCGAGAUAAAAAAAAAACCUUCUCGCUUUAUCCACAUUGAAUUUUUGUCGUGAGACAACGAAUACAACAACAUCAAUUAAGCUUAUCGCGCUCAAUAACAACUGCACAAUCCGACGGACGAUUGGCGGUACCCGUUCGACUAUUAUCAAAGGAACGCCCCUUCAGUAGUACAAAAAUCCAUUAAAAUAAUCAUAGUCGUAGUAUUUUUUUCGGUCACAUUAAUUUGUACAUCCGUCGUAUCCGAUACGAACUGGAUUCUGGGUACGUAAACACUCAUCAUUUUCCUAUUAGUACUGACACAUGUUGAUUUUUAUGGUGGCAUUUAAGGUCGCUACGUCGAAACUCGGUGACUGAGCAGUCAAAUACUGAAUGAAUCCUAAAAUUCAAGGCCGAUUUUACUAGUUUCGUGUGACGCAUCGGGCGCGGGAAAUGAACCAAACUAAUGCGUAGAAUGUGAUGAAGUCAUUGACUUUUUAUUUGUAUAUUUUACUCGUGUGAUUCUUUUAUUUGAUUAAUCAAUCAAUGGAGAAAAAAUAUUCUGUUUAAUUUUGUUAUCACUAAUUUUACAUGAAAUGGGUAAUUACUUUUGGAGAGGCAAGUUUUGCAUGCCAUUAAAAAGCAAGAAAAUAAUGUUUAUCAACAAUGAGAGAUUAUUUUAAGUUUUCCAAGAAUUGAUUGACAAAUGCUGCAUGCUGAUAAUAUGAAAAGUUGUAAUUUCAUCACCCGAACGUCAGAGAUCAAUAAUUAGUCAAUAAAUUUGUAAAUUGCAGUGUCCACUAAACAAGAUAAAAAAUUGUAAAUAAAUUACAACGCAUUAAACAUUUACACAAGAUUGUUUGUUCGGGCCAUUGUCACCAAUUAAUUGCAUUUUGUAAGUGCAUACGCAAAUGACCUUAUCACCUUUUGUUUUUGUAAACGAAUUUCUAACAUAGAUACGAUAAACAUUUCAACGUUAGACGAAUUACAACGGUUGUACUUUUCCAACCAUGGAAGCAAUUAAACAGCCUUUGUCAGUGUGACAUCUUUCACAAAAAUAAAAUUAUAUCUAAAAUGGUAAAGUUUCACCUAAGUUUUGUAUGUUCCUUUAAACUACCCAAUACAGCCGAGACUCCAGUUCAAACCCCAGAACAUGUCAUCCAAGUGAACAAGCCAUUUGGAAUGAUGCAUGUUGAGUACGAACUGGUACCGAAACUUAUCUACUUCAAAUUCGAUGUUUUAUGUUGGAAACGAGUUGCCAAAAUAUUCUGUACCACCGGCACAGAAAUAACCAAAACUAUAGUGAAUGAAUCUAAAGUUUGGGUGGUUUUCACCACAACUCACGAGUUAGAGGUGUUGACCAUAGACCAACUGCGGGAGCUGCAGGCGCAUGUUAUUAAUUUUAAAAUAGUCGAGACCAAAAAUUCUCUUGGACCAUACGCCAAAAACGACCUAAAACUGAAGUCACAAAAGUUUUAUUUGAAAUCGGAAGACGUGAACAACGAGUGGUUUGCACCAGCCUUCCUGAGUGACCCCAAUGAGGAAAUGUUUGAACCGGAAUACGGUACACAGCACACGGACAUGGGAAACUGGUGUAAAAUCCACAAAGAUAUCAUCAUUAAAUCGAAUACUGGCGAAAAAAUCAAAACUAAACCCUUCGUUCCUGCAAUUACCAAAGGCAAACCAAACAUUCCUAAGAAGUCAGAUUUGUUGGUGUGCGGGGAACUGCUCUUCACAGACCCAAACUAUUCCAUAUGCAAGUACCAAGGCAAGAAAAACACAAUCAUUGAUUUUUUCGUGAUAUUUUUAGUUGAAAACCUGAUGACGGUGGAGCAAAAACUUACCCUGAAUCCGCUAGUUAUAAAGUUGAAAAAAUUAAGUAAUUUCCCUGCGGAGGAAUUAAUACGACAGGGUUUCGUUUCGUUGACCGCCUCCUACGAAAUACCAAAUCUAGUUCAGUGUGUCACCGCCCCAAAACCCAUAACCGAAAAGAUUUACUUCCAGGAAAGUCACAUAUUUUUUACUGGACGCAUUCCCAAUCAGAUUUUGCGUGAAUAUUUGUUCAACAGACUAUUGGCAGUGCACAUUAAAGGUGUUCGUGUAAUUCCCAAAAAACCCGGGGUAAUAUUUGGUGAUUUAAAGGAGGACCCAACAAUAUACAAAAUCAAAAAAGGCCUUCCAAAAUUGCCUGAGGAGGAAGCAGUAGAACUUGCAAUCGCAAAUUUCGACGUCAGUUCAAUUUUAAAGAACGUUUGGAUCUACAAGGAAAAGGUUCAAUGUCAUGCGCCCUCAGCGACUUUAUAUUAUCCACCAAAGGUAAAGUUUGAAUAUACAAUAAGGAAGAACAUUCAGGAAAUUAACUUAAUAAAACGUGAACUACCAUCGUACAUAAAAGAGUCAAGUCUUCUAUCUAUGGGUACCGUUAUAAAACUGGAAGCGUUCGCAAUGUUCCUGAGUGAUUCCACAACGAUUUACAAAUUCGACGCGACAUUUAAAAGAUUAUUCCUGAUCAUCGGAUCACGUUCCACCGCCCAUAAAUUCUUCAACGUAGUCUUCAGACAUAAUCACGGGGUGUUCAAGAAAAGAGGGCAAGAUGUGAUAACUGGUUUCAUGAUCGUCAACUUCACCGACUGCUGCAUGUUUCUGGAGGGCCUCGCGUGCGGCUACGUGCUAGAGAUCUGGUACAUGAUCCAGAAGUCUCCCGAGACCGACCUAAAGUGUUUCAUAGAUACUUCUCUCGUCUUCCACUGCAGGCUCUACCCUAACCUGGUCUCAGACACCGGCGUCUAUGUUUUGGCCCUGGGCCAAACCCUUCCCCACAUUCUGCGGAAGCACGAAAUUUACUUAAAGGGGAACGUUCCCGCACCUUGUUUGGAGGCGCUGAAGAAACUUGAUAUGCUGCUGAUGUCAACCACAUUUAAAACAAUGGUGCAGCAGAAUUUGUUUCCGACUUCUUUGGAACUUAUGAGUUUGAAUUAUGAAUUUGGGGUACCACUCAAGUGGGAAGUUUCUAAAAUUGCUGUGGGGUUAAGGAAAUAAUGAAAUGACAUUUGAAAAUAUAGAAACAUUGUGAAAUGAACAUUUUAGACUUAUGGAAGUGCCAUUCUGAAAAGGACAAAGUUUUUAAUAAGUAUAUGUUUAGUAAUUGCUUAAAUGUAAAAGGUAAUGUCAGAUAUUGAUCAACUCAUUAAAAGUUAAAUUGUAUAAAUUACUAGAUGGAUUUUUUAAA